AUGAGGGAAGCAGCAUCAUCGAAGAGGGAGAGCAUCGAGGCUUCUAUUUCUCCAUCAACAGCCAACAGUGGCAAUUCACAGCAGGGAUGCCUCCACCAAGGUAAUCUCUGUGACUGUGAGGCUGAUAAACUGUUUCAUCUGGAUGCCCACGUCGGGGUACACACUGACGAGCAUCUUUUUAAGUGCCAUUUGUGCCCUUGGAGCUUCUCAAGAAAAGAUGCCCUGAAGAGGCACUUGUGCAUCCACACGGGUGAGCGGCCAUUUCAGUACCCUUCAUGCCUUCAGAGAUUCUCACAAAAGUCCCAGGUCAAGCAACACAUGCGUACCCACACAGGCGAGAAGCCAUUUCAGUGCCCUUCAUGCCCUCGGAGCUUCUCACAAACACCCAGCCUGAAAGACCACCUGCGCACCCACACAGGUGAGAAGCCAUUUCAAUGCCCCUCAUGCCUUCAGAGCUUCUCACAAAAGAUCCACCUCAAAGUCCACCUGCGCACGCACACUGGUGAAAAGCCAUUUCAAUGCCCUUCAUGCCCUCAAAGCUUCUCGCAUAAGUCCACCAUGAAAAGCCACCUGCGCACUCACACAGGCGAGAAGCCAUUUCAAUGCCCUUCAUGCCUUCAGAGGUUCUCACAAAAGGCCUACCUGAAAGACCACCUGCGCAUCCACACAGGGGAGAAGCCAUUUCAAUGCCCCUCAUGCCUUCAGAGCUUCUCACAAAAGAGCCACCUCAAAGUCCACCUGCGCACGCACACUGGUGAAAAGCCAUUUCAAUGCCCUUCAUGCCCUCAAAGCUUCUCGCAUAAGUCCAGCAUGAAAAGCCACCUGCGCACUCACACAGGCGAGAAGCCAUUUCAAUGCCCUUCAUGCCUUCAGAGGUUCUCACAAAAGGCCUACCUCAAAGCCCACCAGCGCACCCACACAGGUGAAAAGCCAUGACAUUGCUCUUGAUGCCCUCAAAGCUGCUCGCAUACAUCCAGCAUGAGGGAACACUUGCAAACCCACACAGAUGAGAAGCCAUUUAAAUGCCCUUCAUGCCCUCGGAGCUUCUCGUGCAACUCCAACAUGAAGGAACAGCUGCACACCCACACUGGUAAGAAGCCAUUUCAUUGCCCUUCAUGCAUUCAGAAAUUCUCGCUGAAGAGUGGCAUGAAGCAACACCUGAGUAUUCAUUCAUUCCUGAGUAUUCAACAGUUUUCUGUGGGAGACUAUGUUCUUGUUUCAAACUACAGAGGACCACCGAGAUUGCUUCUGGGUUCUGUGGUACGGCAAAAAGGACCUGUUUAUUGUGCGGCUAUGGUACGCAUGCCACAGGGCUUCAUAGCGUGGCAUCAUCAACAAGAUCAGCCUUUCCCGGGUACAGUUGGCGUCUCCAAAUCCGAAAACAACAAGGACAGGUUCUGGGAGUUCUCAGAAACAGCUGUGGAGACAACUACAGCAGUGCACAUUGCUUCAGAAGCUACACCAUCUGUAUGAAGAUGUCCUGCCCGCAAUCAGCAACCACCAGAUCCCUACAUGCCAUCUUAGUUUUGUAUAACCGUAGCUUCCCACAAGUUAAGCGAGAAUAAAUGUUGCGUAUGUGAUAGCGCCACAUGCUGUUGAUAGUUUCAGCAAGUCAACCUUCCAGGCAGUCGCAUGAACUGACUGCGAUUGCUUAUAAGGCUGGCAUGUAUGUCUUCUGGCACUUGCAUUUGUACUUCUGUUCUUGCUGCAUUAUGUAGCAAUAAACUGUUUGCUACUGUUCUA